UUUUUAUCUUCUUUUUUUUAUCUUUUCACCAUGUGGGAACCGAAUGAACAAUUACUUUUACGUGCUGCUGUUCGCUAUAAAAAGCAUGAAGGUACUUUAUAUGUCACACCACGUCGCGUUGCUUGGCAGCAACAAGGUUCUUCACAAUUGAUGCCAUCCAUCUAUUACAAUGACAUUGCAAGUCUUGCGCAGACACCAGAGACAUCCGCCAAGGUCUUGCUCAAGAUAUCUGCUAAACCACCUGCAUCCAAAGACUAUACAUUUCAAUUCACAUCAGCGAAAAACCUGCAGGAAAGAGAGGCUAUUAAGGCACAAGUAGCAGAGUUAUUGGCGCGCAUACGUGGUCUUCAAUCCGUAGGCACACCAGCCCCAUUUACACCUACAUCCACGCUUGCUUCACCUGCACCGUCUACACCACAGUCAGCCAUAGCUUCACCUGCCCCUGUGCUUCCGCCUUCUCAACCACCUGCUAAACAUGCUAUCCAAACUCAAUCUUCACCGAGUACACCCACAAGUCAUGGAGGAGGAGGAGGAGGAGGAGCAGCCAGUCCCAAGUCAUGGCGACAAGAAGAAUUCAACGAUCGAAGACAGUUAUUGACUUCCAGUCGAGAACUACAGACACUACACAAAGAGCUUGUGGUGGUGGGCAAGAGUGUGGAUGAAGAAGAGUUUUGGUCGAGUCCUUAUGUGAAGCGUAUUCGACAGAAAUUGAAAAAAGACGCUAUUUCAAGAGAAGGAAAACAAAAGGGUAAAUCCUCCAGAAUGGUUGAAUUGAAGCCUGGUCAACAAGAAGGCUCUGAUGUCAAAUAUACCUUAACCAGCCAAAUCAUUCACAACAUUUUCACUGAAUUUCCUUCUGUCAAAAGAGCGUAUGAUGCCAAUGUGCCUGAUAAAAUGACAGAGCAAGCAUUUUGGAAACGAUUCUUGGCUUCUGAAUUCUUUCAUCGGUCAAGAACAGGCGCCCGAUCUCAUUUAGCUACGUAUGAUGAUAUCUUUGAUCGUUGUUUACAAGAAGAGGAUGAUGAAAACUCAAAACCACCUCCUAUGACACGUAUGGACAAGAUUCGAUUUGAUAUCGAUUUAUCGCGUACAGAAGAAGACCAUAUAGAAAGUGGUAAUGCGCCUGAUUUUACCAUGAAGCCUGGUAGAGAAGCACAAUCCUUGCCUUUGAUUCGUCGAUUCAAUCGACAUUCUUCGCGUGUGUUGGAGACACCACCUUCGAAAAUACAACGGGAUAAUACUCAAAUUGAACAGCAAGUGGUUAUUAAAGACCUGUUGGAUGAACCACCACCAGAAAAGAUCGUAUUGGACAUUCAGGACACAAGGCGUUAUUUUGAAAGUCAAGCAGGUGAAUUAGAUGAAAUGAAGCUGAAUGAACAAGACACAAAGCAGUUAUUGACAGGCAUGAAACGGAAAUUUGAAGGAUGGCAGCCUGAUAUGGCAAGACAAGUCAUCAAGCCUCGUUCAGCAGACAAAGUGUGUAUGGAACUGACGCAUGUCAUCAAGAGAAAAGUACGCCAUGAUGAAAAGUCUGUCCAAGAUGUCAAAUUAGCACCUCAAUUACAACAAAAGAUACAGAGUUUUCACUCAGCUACCAACGAAAUACUACGUCAUUUUUGGUCUUCUUUUGAACCUUACAAAGCAGAAAAGAACUCUAGGAUGAUUGAAGGACUGAAAAAGCAACAAGAGAAACUAAAAGAACUCUUGACCCUUGUGUCAAAUCAUGAAGGAGAUGCUGAAAGAUGUAGAAGGACGUUAAUGCCAGUCCUUCAAGCAAUGGAUAGAGCAUUUGAACAAUCAAAGAAACGCGGUAAAAAAUAAGCCUUUUUGUAAAUAAACAAAAAUCCCUAUGCUGAAUUUAAA